CCCUAAGUGCUCGAGUUCUUUUGUGAUCGUAUGUUCUCGAGCUUUUCUGAACCAGAACAAGCCCAUAACCACUUCCGGGUGGGUGACAGGCAGGCUGGCAGGGGCUCUCACCUGUGAGGACAGUGGCAGGCAGUAGGAACUGGCCUCCUUGAAAGGGCUUGUUUUUAAACCCAAGCAAAUGGCUGGACCUGAGUCUGGAAGAAAACGGCUGAAAACAGUGCCUGGAGCUCCUGACUGGCCUGGAACAAGGUGACUGCAGGAACCAGACCAGACGGGACAGGAAAGAGCAAAGCCAGGGCUUUGCUGUCGGCCUUCAGGCUGAAGCAGCCCAGGGGCUUUCUCUGGGCUGGUCCUGGUUGGGAGCAGAGCUGACCGGACUUCAUCUGAGCGGUUCCCAGAGAGGCCUGGUCAUGGCAGAUCUCUGUGAUGUGGCCCCCACCAUCCUCACCCCCUUGAAGGAUCAGGUUCUGGUGCCAGCCCUGGGUAGCAAGGUCACUCUGAACUGCACGUUCUCGGUGGCCUUCAAGCCCCACUGCCCCCUAGCUGUCCAGUGGCUGAAGGACAGUCAGCUGCUUGGGAACCACAGUCUCUACACCGUUCAGGAAGUCUUCUGGGGCAGGGCUAAUACAUCUGAAGGGCUUGUAUCCAGCGUCCUGGAGACCAACCUGACAAGCGUCCAGGAUUACGGGACCUUCACCUGCGCACUCCAGAAUUUCAGCGCCUCGUUCACACUGCAGAGAACAGACCCUGCUGGCCACGUCCUGGCUGUUCUCGCCUCCUUGCUGGUCCUGCUGAUGCUGCUGGUGGCAGCUCUCCUCUAUGUGAAGUGUCGUUUACGUGCGCUGCUCUGGUAUAGAGACAAGUAUGGGGACGUGGAGAUGAACGACGGGAAGCUCUACGAUGCCUACGUCUCUUACACCAGCUCUCCAGAAGACAGGAAGUUUGUAAACUUCAUCCUGAAACCACAGCUGGAAAAUCGGCAUGGCUACAAACUCCUCCUGGAUGACAGAGAUGUCCUCCCCAACUCGGAACCCUCCGCAGAUCUGAUCAUGAACCUCAGCCGGUGCCGGAGGCUUAUUGUGGUUCUCUCAGAUGCUUUCCUGGGCCAGGCCUGGUGCAGACACAAUUUCAGGGAAGGCCUGUGCAGGCUCCUCGAGCUGUCCCGGAAGCCGAUCUUCGUCGUAUUUGAGGGGCAGACCCGCGAUCAUUCCCACCCAGCUCUUCGCCUGCUUCGGCAGCACCGACAUAUCGUGACACUGCUGCUGUGGAGGGCAGGCUCUGUGACGCCCUCCUCCGAGUUUUGGAAGGAACUGCGUCUAGCCCUGCCACGGAAGGUGCACUACCGGGCCCUGAUGAGUGACCCCCAGACCCAGCUGCAGGAAGACAAGGAUCCCAUGUUGACCCUCCAUAGGGGCUUCCUGGAGGGCCGGCCUGGGCCAGACCCAGACCCUGACCCUGACCCUGACCCUGAAGGAGACUUGGGUGUCAGGGGACCUGUCUUUAAAGACCUCCCCCCUCCUCGAAUAAGCCCAGUCCCUGAGCUGCCAAGCCUCAAGGCUUCAGCUGGAGAAACCCAGCGGAACGACAUAGAUGUCUCUGACCUGGGAUCUCGCAACUAUGGGGCCCGCACUGACUUUUACUGCCUGGUCACUGAAGAUGACAUGUAGGCCGCCAAAGACCUCCCACCUGCCCUUCUUCUGGGGAGUCUUGGACUGGGGGGUACAGUGGGGCAGCGGAGAGGAGAGGGCCUCCUCCCUUUAAAUCAUAAGCCAGUGCCCUUCUGUGGGUCUUCUGCUGUAAAGUGAGAGAUGGGACUGGGUGACCUGGAGUGGGUGUUCUGCUUGAAAUCUAGGAGCCUGUGACUGCCGUCUUUGCUCAACCUCCUAAUAAUUUCAGGCCACGCAGGCCAUUCAAAUCUGGGGCCCUCGAAGCCCAAGUCUCACCCUAGUCCUGUUUUCUCCCAAUAAAGUGACAAUUCCCAUA